GAUAUUCUGUUGCGCAGUCUCUCGCCUCAUUUGUCGAUCGGGCUUAUUCAAUCGAACGAAAAAUUCUUCGUCGAACAGUAAUACGAAAUUUUUGCGACUCGAAAUCAGAUAUUCGAAAGACAUUUUUUAUUUUUGAAUAACUAAGAAAAUUAAAAAAAAAACACUACGACCACAACUAAUAUUAAUCGCUUAAUUGUUAGGAAAGAAAAAAAGUGAUCGCGCGGUCACACCUCAGGUAUCUGAGCAAAACGUUUUGUCUUGUAAUAAAUUCAACAAUUCGUUAUUGAUGAACAAGAAGUAGUCAAAACUAUGCAACUGAAUGUGAUAUAACUUUUUAAGAGAUAUUUUUUAAAAGAUUCGUAUGAUAAAAAGUGAAGAGAAGAAAAAAACGAUACUUCAAAUUGAAAAUGGCCAAUCACAUGGUAUCGAAUGGUAAAAAUGUGCAAGACUUUGUAGUUGGUAGUGCAGCAACAGGUCUAACACGCGAACGUAGUUUCGUGCGAACACCUCAACAAGUGGCUCACCAGAAUAAGAGACGUAGUCUUGCCUUCAAUCAUCCAACAAAUGCAAUGCAUCACGAUAUUCAGCAGCAGCAAAUACGUUCGAAGAAAUCCAUUGAAAUAUAUCGACCCCCGAAUAUUCGUUCCGAUGGUACAUCUGCACAAAAUAAGCUAAAUGUAAAUGCACCAGAGUUUACGGUGAUAAAUCGUGAAGUGCAACAAAACACGCAGCCCAUCGGGUUUUUCACGCCGAACGCACAAUUUUUGCAACAUUCGAAAUCAAGUGGAAACAUUCAACAUCAAAUCCAAUUGGCGGUUGCUCGACACCACGCCGAACAAAUGGCAAAUAUAAAUACACCGCGUACAAUUCUAGUUUCGCAUCCGAUGCAACAACUGCAACACAUGAAUCUUGGACAGGCUCAAACUCCCACAGUAAAUAGAUCUUCAAAUGGAAUUCAAAUCAGUGCUGCACCAAAAGUUAAGUUUGCCAUAGAUCAACCGAAUAAUCAUCAACAGAAAUCCAUUGGCGCAAACAAUUCGAAUACAAAUUCAUUGCAGAGAUCAAAGUCAUUGUCAUCGGCAGAUGCAUGCUCAUUGACCAGAGGAAUUGCCGGUCUUGGACUUGGAUGUGCAAACGAAUCAAAUGAUAUUGGCACAUUUAAACCAGAAAUACAGGUACUCAUUGAUCAAGCUAUGAUUGAUCCGAAUAAAUUGAACGCACGCUCGUUAAUGGUAUUGGCCAAUCAAAUUAUGCAGAGAGCCGUCGAAGGAAGACGAUUUGCAUUGCCAGCAUCUCGAUUUUGUAUAGCAAUCAUAGCAAAAGAGCAGAAAGAAACCUUUUUGGAAGCAUUAUUGAAUACAUGCCGACAAUGGUAUCAGGAGCGUGAAAAAAUCCUAGGAUCACCGCAAAAAAUAAAGAACAGUGCACGGCCAAGAUUUACAGCCUUUAUGGCUUUCCUGACCGAGAUGUUCUGUCAAUUGAAGAGGCGCCAAUUACAAUUACGUACGAAAUGUGAUGGCGUUCCACCACCAAUUGUUUUACUAACUGUUUUAUCAAAAUGUUGCGAGGAUUGUGUGAAACCACCAGUUCGAUCAUUAUCAGAGAUUGAAUGUCUAUUCUACGUGCUAACGUGUGUUGGUCGCGACAUCGAACAGCAUCUUCAACAGCAAUUGGAAGUACUACUAUCAAAGGUUCGCGAUGCGUUUUUGAACUCAUCCGCAUCGGCUCCAACGAUUCGACGAACUUUGCUACAAUUGAUUGAGCUGCAAGCAUCGCAUUGGCAGCUGGCUGGGAACACCGUUUUAUAUUAUUAUCCAACUACAAAAUGAGAGAUGCUGUUAAUCUGCACUAUUUUGCUAAAUAAUGUUUUUUUUUUUUCAUUUAAAAUUGAAUAGUUAUUCAAAACGAAUCAAAUGACUAACAAUCAUUUACAACGAAAUUGUAUGCAUUAAGCAUAAAGUAAUUAAACGAACGAAAAAACGUAGGAAACAAAUUGUAAAAGAAGUGAGAAUCACUCGUUAAAAAUAAUGUUACAAUAUAAUCGAAAGUAAAAAUUGUAUUAUUUUUAUGCUUGCUAUAGUCCACUGUCGAUUUGCUGCAAGUGCGUGUGAAAAAGCAAACACACCGUGAAGUGUUAUUUUUAAAAUUACAAAGUAAAAGCGUCGGCAAUAUCAAUGUGCAAGUUAAACAAAAAAUU